UAUACGUAAAUUUGUAAUAAAUGUAAAAGAAUACAUGCUGAUGGAAAGUUCGGCAAAUCAGGACCGCCCACUUGAUCUCUCGAUGUUCCUUUUUUCCUGUUUCUUUUGCGCAACUUCACCUUUAAUUGCAAACAAGUCAAGUCAUUACCGCCCUGGCCUAGGUACUAUAACAUCACCUUUACUGCAUGUGCACGCCCCACUUUGAACUCACAUCAGUUCAUCCACCACUCGAGCACUGCCAUCACUGACCUCCAGGCAAGGCAGCUUCCCGUGCGCAUGAGCCUCUCAUACUCUUCUUCUCUGUGUUUCUUGUUUUUUUCUUCUUCUUUUGCAGAUCACGGACGUUUGCUUUGCAAACAAAACAUUAUCAAGUCUUUCGUAACACAAACAUCCAGGAAACUAUUGUCAGCCAGGCAACCAUUCCUCGAAUACGCCAGCGUGCAGGCUUCCAGCCUUAACUGCCCAAAUAUCAUUAUUAAUUCCCGCUCCAGGAAUAAUCAUCCCGCCGGUACCACGCAGCAGAACAAACAAUGUCCAAUAACAACCCUCACCUGGCCGGGGCGGCAGGGCAAUCGCCGCACCACUACUCGCCCACAUCCUCGUCGACCGCCGCCGACUCUGGCUACCACUCACUAUCAACGCCUGGCAACGGCGGCGGCGGCGGCGGCAGCACCAGCGGUGGCGCUUCUUCGGGCGGCGGAGCUUUCAAGCGCACGCCCCGUCAGCAGAGGCCGCCGUCGCCGCGGCCGCAGAUGUACGGCAUGGCUCCUUCGCCCGGCGUCUUCACGCGCGAGAUGCGGGACCGUCAAUCCCGCGGCAAGGACCCCUACGGCUCGGAUGAGGACGGCAGCGGAAACGGCGGCCACCCUGAGUUUCCUUCUGGCCCGUCCGGCAUGCUUGGUCAGACUGGAUCGAGGAUAGGGUCCGGCCAAGGAGAGCCUCGUGAGGUCCUGGAGAAGCGCAUGCGCGCAAGGACCUUCCUCGACGAUCCGGAACUGUUGAUGAUCAGAUCACUCGAUACAGGCGAGAGCACCACAGCAGCGCGUUUGCAUUUCAUGAGCCAGCUUUGCGGCUUGGACCCAGAGUCCAAGUACUCCAGAGCUGCCAACAACUCAAGGUCCAUUUACCAAGGCCAUAGCAGUGGGGGCACGCGAUCCGGCCCAGGCUCUUCUGGGAGGCCAAAUUGGGGCUACAAGUAAGUGUUAGAUUGGGACGAAGGCCUUCAGACGCGCAAUAUCCAAGGUCGGGUCAAAGGACGAGCUGCUUCCGCUCUGUCCUUCCUCCUUUGUUUGAUUUUCCACUGGAUAGCAAUAUCAAGGAUGGAACGGAAGAAUGGUUCGAGAUGAUUAUAUCCAUACUGCUAGUAAUGAUCAGAAGGAUAAUGAAUACUCGAAAGUAACAAUGCCCUUUCAUAAUAAGUCCUGUUUCUUCUUCUUCUAAUAUGAGGGUAUUGUACAGGACCUGAAUGGAACUCUGCGGCAAUGAUGACCGAGGGAAAAACUAAAAGCACAUCUGAGUAUAGAAAACCGCGUAUAUAUACCACCAGGAUAUCGCAGACCGCUUGCCAUGCUCGCAAUAGAAAAGAAAAAGAAUAAGAACAGUAACCAGAGUAUUCACCA